CAUGCUGUCUCUGCGUUGUAGCAGCUACAGUAGUCCUGUCGUGGCGGAUUUAUAUGAAGACAAAAAGACAGCAGAUGCCUGGGGUCCGUGUAAAGAGCGAAAACUCAGUCACCCCUGCUGAAUUAGAAGACUGCAAGAGGAAUGUUCAUGGAGUGCACGAACCUUCUUCGCGACAGCCAUUGCCAAAGCGCGUUGAGGUAGUAACAAGCAAAGGUACCAUUAGCCCCGACGAGCAAGAAAUUGCCCCUAGGGAGCACUACAAGGAAUUCUCUGCUAGCCACAAGGAAGACAACAGGAGAAAAGUGCAGGAGACUUUUAUCCACAAAGCUGACAACCUCAAACUGAAUCCUGUUCAUGAUGACAUGAUGAGUCAACGGCAGUGCAGUGCCAGUGGACCUCCAAAUCUUUCGAAAGUGGCCGACAACGCGUAUGGUUCUAACGAAUCAUCUGGAUAUGACAGCAUGGUCAGCCCACGUGCAAGUCCGGACAUCAAACGAUCGGAAAAAGAUACAAAGACACGAAUGUCACAUGAAGAUACGACAGCAAACAAUGGGCGACAGAAAGACCUGUGCCUCUUCGAGAAGCUUCGUACCGAUUACGUAUACUCGAAAUUAAGAGAAGAUAAGCUUCCUUUAGCAAGUGACAGACUGCAGACCAAUUACAGUUCUACAAACUUCGCGGCUGGAGUUUUCGAUCACACCGGCGGACACCUCUCCGUGCCGCGUCACGACGUCAACCUGUUCAUCCCGCCAGGAGCCAUUGAAGUCGGGCAGCUCCAAACCAUCCACAUCUUCGUCCCUCCCAGCAUGAACCACGGGAAACCUGCUCCCAUCGUGCACUGCGGGCCAACCGGCACGACGUUUCUCGAUCAUGUGAUCCUGACCUUCCCGGUGAACCCAAGCUAUGAUAAAGAUGACAUAGUUCCCAAGUUCACCAACACUGAGGUAGGAUCGGCAGAAGAGUGGCAUCCUCUGCUUCAAGAUGAUGAUGGAGCCUCUAUGGUCGAAAAUGGCAAAUGCACCCUCUUCCUGGCUCACUUCACCGGGUAUGGAGCGGAGGCAAAGAAAGAGGCAUCUCCAAGACAAAUGUCCCCUAGAAGUGACCCACCCAGAGACUCCCAUCUCCUAACGGCGUCGCAGGCGUUCCUACACCAGCAGGAGGAGCUACAGCCCACCGAUCGUUCCCGCCCCAUCCUACCGAUAGACGUACGUCACCAGAUGUGUGUGCUCCUGGACGUGGAGAAUCCCGAGGGCAAAGAUUGGAGGAUGAUGGCCGAAAAAAUUGGGCUCGAUUCGGCAAUCAUCAGGUGGAUCGAAGCGAGAUCUCGGUUCAAAAGCCCAACAUAUAAGCUUUUGGACUUCUGGGAAUCACGAAACGUCUCCGGAGGUGCCGUGGCGUUGUGGCGGCUGAGUAACCUCUGCGAGGAGAUCGGCCGACCUGACGUGGCACAACUAGUCAACAGUGUGUCGGGCGACGUAAUGGGCGACGGUAAUGAAGGUCGUGGCGGCUCCAUGUCGCUCCAAGUCACACCAAACAGCAGUUGCGCCACCCUUAAUUACAGCGGUUUUUCUGAGUCUUGCGUUGAAGACAGCGAUUCCGAAACAUACCGCAGUUUCGAUAGUCAAGUUCGUAGAGGUGUCUCUUGGUCUGCACCAAUAAAACGUGAGGUGAUGCAGUCACCCGAUAGCGGUUACGAGUACGGCGACUUAAUGUCGGUAUCAAGCCAAUCCACACAGAACGGCAGUCAGUCUACCCUCAACCAGCUGCAGAGUCUCCAUUUGCCUGAGUCUGUUUCUAAGAAGAGUCCUGUGUUGGGUCCCCUCAAGGGCUUGACAGUCACAGACUUAUAGA